CCCAAUUUCUUUAGUAGUUCCCUCCCUUCGCGCUAGGGUUUACAGAGGGUAACACCGCCGCGAGAGCGCUGCCGGAGAGGUCGAUUUCUUCUUGAUUCUUCCCCAAUGGCGACUCAAAUGAGCAAGAAGCGCAAGUUCGUGGCGGACGGCGUCUUCUUCGCGGAGCUGAACGAGGUCCUCACGAGGGAGCUUGCUGAGGAUGGAUACUCUGGCGUUGAAGUCCGUGUCACACCCAUGCGUACCGAGAUCAUCAUCCGGGCCACCCGCACCCAGAACGUUCUCGGUGAGAAGGGGAGGAGGAUUAGAGAGUUGACCUCGGUUGUUCAGAAAAGAUUCAACUUUCCGGAUAAUAGCGUCGAGCUCUAUGCUGAGAAGGUUAAUAACAGGGGUCUCUGUGCCAUUGCACAAGCUGAGUCCCUUCGUUAUAAGCUUCUUGGGGGCCUUGCUGUUAGGAGGGCUUGCUAUGGGGUCUUGAGGUUUAUCAUGGAAAGUGGAGCCAAAGGGUGUGAGGUGAUUGUAAGCGGAAAGCUCAGGGCACAACGUGCCAAAUCCAUGAAAUUUAAGGACGGGUACAUGAUUUCUUCCGGCCAUCCUGUGAAUGAAUACAUUGACUCUGCAGUGAGGCAUGUUCUCCUGAGACAGGGUGUACUUGGAAUCAAGGUUAAAAUUAUGCUGGAUUGGGAUCCAAAGGGUAAGCAGGGCCCAACUACACCUCUGCCAGAUCUGGUCACUAUCCAUGCUCCAAAGGACGAAGAAGAAUUCGCAAGACCUCCAGUGAUGGCUACAGAAGUAGAGGUUCCAGUUGCCUGAGCUAAGUAGUGUCAAUGUUGGAAGGCCUUGUUGGCUCUUCUUUUUGACUCUUCCUCUCUUUGGACUUUCUUUACCAGAGCAGCUAUUUUAUAAUUUCUUUGUCAGGCCAAAAUUUUGGUUCUUUUAUCAUCGGAACUCUUUCCAUUAUCUGAAUUUUCUUUGUCUGUUCUUUACUUGUCUAAUUGCUGUUCUCUUUUAUUCUUAUGGUCUAUUGCGUUUGAUGAUUGUUGGUAGUUGUUCAGAUUCUUAAAGCUGCUCCAUUCCUUUCUUCGUUUCCUUGGAGUGAAUAAUAUUUCAUGAAUGUUUUUGCUUUGUUCA